AUGAGAGCUUUGAGGACACUCUGCACCCACAAACAACUCCUCAAUCCCACCACUAAACCCACAUCCCUCGCGUUCUUCAAGCCCAUCCAAAUCGCUCAUCCCUAUCGCAGUAUUCACUCCACAAAUCACCGCCUUCUCUCGCAAAACCCCAGUCUCGCGUCCUUGUUCUCGAGUUUUAAGUCGGAGACGAGCGGCACUGCCCACACUGUUGACGAUAGCUACGACCCUGCCAACCGCUGCGUCAGAAGCAGUGACAGAGAAGCGGGGUCGGGUCCUGAGAGCGGAACAAGAAGUGGUGAUGGCGAAAUUUCUGAAAAAAGGAGGCAUUUUGGAGGUGGAAGGAGUUCCUAUUCUGGUAGUAGUAAAAAGGGGAGGACAAGGAAGCAGUUCACAGUGGAGGAAAAUGGCGGCGGGAGUGAGAAAGUGAGGGGUUUUGAGGAGCCGGAGAAUGUGGUGAGGACGUGGCAGCUGCGGCGGGAUGGCGAGGUGCGGCCUCUGCGGUUGACAGAUGUGAAUAGCGGGUUGAAUCAGUCAGAUAGGCGGAUUCCUCUGGAUGGACCCUUUGGAGAGAAGGUUUCGAGUGUGCUAGGCGGUGGUCUCGUGCCAGGUUCCUUAAUCUUGGUGGGAGGUAAUCCUGGUGUUGGCAAGAGUACCCUGUUGCUGCAGAUGGCUGCAAUGCUUGCUGAAGGACAUGAUCUUGGAAGAUCGGCUCCAGUAGUAUGUGUCUCUGGGGAAGAGAGUGUGGAGCAAAUUCGAAGCAGAGCUGAUCGUCUAGGCAUUACAACUGAAGAACUGUAUUUGUACUCAAGCACUGAUAUUGAGGACAUACUAGAAAAAGUUAAAGAUCUUUCACCUCGAGCUUUGUUUGUUGAUUCAAUUCAGACAGUUUAUCUAAAAGAAGUGGCUGGAAGUGCCGGAGGUCUCUCACAGGUGAAAGAAUGUGCAUUAGCAUUGCACCGUCUUGCAAAGGAGAUGAACAUUCCUGUUAUAUUGACUGGACAUGUGACAAAAUCUGAAGCAAUAGCUGGUCCCAGAGUUUUGCAGCACACUGUGGAUGUCAUUUUGAAUCUGAAAGAGGAGAAGCACUUCACCUAUCGUCUGCUGCAAUCUGUGAAAAAUCGCUUUGGGUCCACCGAUGAGGUUGGGGUGUUUAAAAUGUCACAAUCGGGACUGGAAGCUGUCUUGAAUCCCAGUGAGAUCUUAUCAAGUCAAGAGUAUUCUAAAUCUGGAGAAGCUGCUGCUGUAGUGAUGGAUGGAUCUCGAUCCUCGCUUCUCAAAAUUCAGGCUUUAUGUAUACCGUUACCACGCUUAAGAAUUUCAAGGCAGGUCAAUGGCAUCAAACGAAGCAGAGUAGACAUGAUUAUUGCGGUUUUACUGAAGCAAGCUGGUUUAAAGCUUCAGGGCAAUGCCAUCUUUCUAGAUGUGGUGGGUGGAGUGACACCAACUGAGACGUCUGGUGAUCUUGCUAUAGCAGCAGCAGUCUGCAGCAGCUAUAUCAACUUUCCCAUUCCCUCUGGCGUUGCUUUUAUUGGAGAGAUUGGCCUCGGUGGCGAGCUUCACGUGGUUCCUGGAAUGAAGAAGAGGGUGAACACUGUGGCAAAGCUUGGAUAUAGAAUGUGUAUCAUCCCAAAGUCAGCUGAGAAUGAUCUUGCGGAUUCGGCCUUUGAUGGCUUGGUCAUUGUAGGGUGUCGAAAUCUGAAGGAAGUCAUAAACACCGUCUUCCCCCCAUAUAAUGACCAAGGCGAUAUUGGUUGCAUGAAAAUGAACAGGGACGUUGUUGAAAUGCCCGUUUUUUAUAUGCAGGCUGUGAAGUUAAAACUAGGUUUCGAGGCCUCAGGCACAAGCAUCGAGGUUCUCGGCCCAACCUCAAUGGACCCGAGCUUGGCCUUGAUGGAACUGGGCAAGCACUAG